CUUCCACUGUGCUUCCACUCCCUUCCUCCGAGCUUAUUGGUUCCUUUUCUCCCCGCCGAAGGAGUAAUUUUCUUGUAGCUCCUCCCCUCUCCCCCCACUCCGGGACUGCGAGUUCGGUGCUGUUGGAGGAGCGGGAAGAGGAGGGGACGGCAGCCGGGACAGGACAUGCCCCGCAAGAGGCCGUUCAGCGCUAAGCAGAAGAAGAAGCAGCUGCAGGAUAAACGCGAGCGAAAGCGGCAGGGCUUUCAAGAUGGCGUGAGGUCAAGUUCAAACAGCCGGAGCGGCAGUCAUGAUCGACACGAGGAGCACACGGACACGUCGGAUAGCGAGUCUUUCUCUCUGCAGGUUCGCAAGCUCAACCAGCAGCCUCAGAUCCGCAAGCCGGGUGAACGAGGCUAUGAUCCCAACAGAUACCGGCUGCACUUUGAGCGGGAAAGCAGAGAGGAAGUGGAGCGGAGGAAAAAAAUUGCCCGGGAGAAAAUCUUGGAACCGGUGCCAGAAAUUGAGACAGAGGUGGACAUAGAAGAUGUUUACAAGACUGGCUCAGUACUAGAUUUUCCUAAACGUCCCCCUUGGAAUUACCAAAUGAGCAAGGAUCAGUUGUUGGCCCGAGAGGAGAAGUGUUUCCGGGAAUAUCUUGAGAAUAUCUAUAGUACAUUCCAGCCCAACCAGUUGAGUUACUUUGAGCACAAUCUGGAG